AUGGCCAUCAACUUUUCGGCAUCGUUUGCCGCCUGUCUGGCAGCGGGCCUCAAGGUGCCUCGCCAGAUAAUGUACUGCAUUUCUCAAGACACGGCAGCACCUUACGUACUCUAUAAAGAUGGCAUGGACAGAGCGCAAAGCCAAUGGGGUCCCCAGGACGCCUACCCGCCGCCUCAACAACAACCCACCACCACGACGGCGGGCAGCCCGCAACAAACCCUCGGUCCGACGGUCCCGUUGGGGGUGGAGGCGGACAGCGUGCCGCCCCGAGACCAAAGUCUUCCCUCGCCAGCGCCAUCCCCGUAUCCCGCCACGCAAGCCGAACAAAGAGACGAAGAAAUCCAGCCCGAUCAACCGACGAUGGACAUGGAGCCGCGGCCGGCGUCGCAGUGCUUCUCCACCGAUUUGCAACAGCAGCAACAACAGCAAGCGUACCAACAGUACGCGAGAGCUCCGCCGCCGGCCGCUCCGCCUCCCGUACCGCCUCACAUGCUGGGAGCGGGAAGUUUUUCGGCGUUGCAGUACCUCAAGCAGCCCGGCGUAAUGUUGACGAGCUUGGGGGCGGAUGCCAACGGGCAGAUCGAUCAGUACGCGUCGCAAAUGCAGGAUUUACGUACGGCAUCUUUACCAGACGUCAUCCAACAGCAACACGCCGGUUUGAAGAAAACGCCCAACGGCCUGAACGGGGAGUUGAGGCUGUUCAAAUGCCUGACGUGCGGUAAAGACUUUAAGCAAAAAUCGACGUUGCUGCAACACGAAAGAAUACAUACGGACAGCAGGCCGUACGGGUGUCCGGAAUGCGGGAAGAGAUUCCGGCAACAGAGCCAUCUGACGCAGCAUUUGCGCAUCCACGCCAACGAGAAACCGUACGCCUGCGUUUACUGCGAUCGGACAUUCAGACAGCGGGCCAUCCUGAACCAGCAUCUGCGCAUCCAUUCCGGUGAGAAGCCAUAUGAGUGCCCGGAGUGCGGGAAACACUUCCGGCAGAAGGCUAUCCUCAACCAGCACGUCCGCACACACCAAGACGUAAGUCCUCAUUUGGUGUUCAAAAACGGCAUAAAUCCGACUUUAUGGCCUCAAGACGUACCGUUUCCGCCCGACGAAGGAAAAGAAGAAGUCCAAUCGACGUACGGCGACGGCGACAAUUCGGACAGAGCCUCGUGCUUCUCCCCCAACGGCCUCGCUACGAAUCUCCAAUACCCCGCGUACUUCAAGGACGCCAAAGGCAUGAGCCAUCCAGUUUUCGGCGGCGGGACGAAUUUCGGAGCGUUGCAAUACCUCAAGCAGCAACAGCCCGGCAAAGGAUUACCGGACGUGAUACAGCACGGCAGAUCAGCAGGUAUGCCGUUGUACGUGCGCUGUCCCAUUUGCCAAAAGGAAUUCAAACAGAAAUCCACGUUGCUGCAGCACGGGUGCAUACAUAUCGAAUCCAGGCCGUAUCCGUGCCCGGAAUGCGGCAAACGGUUCAGGCAACAGUCCCAUCUGACGCAGCAUCUCAGAAUUCACACCAACGAAAAACCAUAUGGCUGUGUUUACUGCGGAAGAAACUUCAGACAGCGGACGAUACUCAACCAACAUUUGCGGAUCCAUACAGGGGAGAAGCCGUACAAGUGCGCGCAAUGCGGAAAGGAUUUCAGGCAAAAGGCCAUACUCGAUCAGCACACCAGGACACACCAAGGUGACAGGCCGUUUUGCUGCCCGAUGCCCAACUGCCGAAGAAGGUUCGCCACUGAACCUGAGGUGAAGAAGCACAUCGAUAACCACAUGAACCCGCACGCGGCGAAAACGAGAAGGGACUCGACCAGUUCGGACGGGAAGUUACCGGGCAACGGCAUGUUACCGAGAGGCCUGACGCCCACCGCGGUGGUCAAACCGGAGCUCUAUUUCCCCCAAUGCUACGCGCCCAGCUUCAACCCUCCCAGCAGCGUCGCGCAAUUCCAAACGCCUAAUCCGGAGUUCAAGCCGCCCAAUCCGCUGCCGGCCCAGUGA